AAACAAUAAACGUUAAAAAUAUUUUAUUGAGAGGCUGAAAUUCUUAUGAAGAAGCAUUAAAUAUCAGAAUUUAUAAGAAGUAAUAUAUUAAUUUAAUUCUUGGACCAUCUGAAAAUUAUUUCUACUAAAAUGGAGACUGAAAAUAUUCAAGCAGAAGUAAAAGAAGAAAAUAUAAGUAACGAAGAUAAUAUUACGCGUUACAAAUGGACUGGAGACUUAAAGAUCGAUAACGAAGCAGUCGAAUCUGAUGAAUUUUUUCUCACGAACAUGAAUAACUUUGGGUGCAGAAUUUCAAUGAAGCUUGACAAAUACGAAGAUCUAAUUAUAUCUGUGAAGAAAAGUUAUUAUCAAGCAGCACGAGCGACUAUAUCGAUCUUUUCAUUGGAAGAUAAAUUAUUAGCGACUGUUUCAACUGAAAAUUGGAAAAAAUGCUGUGAAGUUCCUAAAAUAUUGAAUGCUACUUUGCAACUGGGUUCAACUGAUGAUGAUGAAUUGAAUGGAUUUAGUUUGGACGAUGAUGACCAAGAAGAUCAUAUCCGGUCAUGUUUCAUUAGAAAAGCAGAAUCAGAGUAUCGGCGACGAACUUGUUCGGUUUCAUAUCCUGCAGAAUUACCAGCUUGCAACAUAACUCUCGUAUGUGUUAUCAAAUGGCUCGGCUUCACUGACGAUUUUUAUUCAUCACUGAGUCUACAAAAAGGCCUGCGCGAUUAUUGUCUUCAAUCGGAUUUCGCCGAUUUGGGAAUUGAAAUCGGGGAUGACAUUUUGCCGGUCCACAAAAUAAUUCUCGUUGCUCAAAGUAAGAAAUUUCUAAAAAAAAUAAACGAUGACAAUGCGUCUAUCGAAAUAAACGACGUCGACAGUGAAACAAUGAAAGAAGUUUUGAUGUUUUUGUAUACCGGGAAAACCAAAGCCGCUGAAGAAACCGAAGUCGCUCGGAAAGUUUUUUCCGCUGCUACGAAUUACGAAAUACUUCAACUGAAAAGUUUGUGCGAAAAUACUUUAAUGAGGAAUAUGGCCAUCGAUAAUGUCCUCGCGAUCGUUGAUAUGGCUUACAAAUUAAAAGCGACGAAGCUGUACGAGAAAUCGUUGGCUUACAUGGUAAAAAAUCGUGAAGAAAUUUUGAAAUUGAAAGAUUUUAAAAGUAAUUGCGUUAAUAAUCCGGAAAUGAUGUUUCAAUUCAUGGAGCUCAUUAUCUCUCAAAAAUAAUCGUUUGAAUUCUUUAUAGUUCUUUAUUAUGAUUUUCGUCAGUUAAUAAAUUAAUUUAACAAAAAAAA